AUAAAUUUUCGUGUCCGAGCUAGAAGGUAGGUUGGCACUUCUUAUUCUGAUAUCCAAUGUGUAUGUUGGUCAGCCUGCUGAGUAAAUAUAUAAUGGAAGAGUGAAAUUGGUGCUGUGCUGUCCUGUUCAUGUGCCCUAGUGAAUAAGAAACAGGAUUUAAGUCUUAAAGAGACCUAACCUCUAUUGGCUGUGCUUCACUGCCUGUUACAUUAAUAUUGUAAUUCAAUAUAAUACAUAAUCUGGAAAUUACAUGAAAGAUUGAACAACAACAUACUACGUUAGGAUCUGCUUGUUCAAAAUGAUGCAGAAUGAACUGCCAGGCCGACCAGCAGUCUUGGCUCGAGUCGGCUCAGAAUUGUGUGUUGCAAGUAAUAAGGCCAUGCAUUGGUUGGAUGCAUAGACAGCGACAAGUACACCCAGUUCCAUCAAGUCCGUUUGCUGACAGUCAGUUUAUACAGCUUAGCUUACAUAGAAAGAUCAGGGUUGUCCAUAUUGAUGCAAGUAAACAUAACUCUAAUGGCUGGUAUGCGAAUGGAACAGGCAUAGAGACAAUGGGACAUACAUCAGACCAAGGUCACAACAGUUCCAAACAUAGAAAUUCAGAAUUAUCAUCAGAGGAAUACUGGUUCACACGAUGGAAUCGGCCACUUAGGAUAUUAGACCCCUGUAGCUGUUCAUUUAGGAAGUCUUGGAGAAAUUCAUUAGGAGAUUCCAGAUUGAUAUUAAAUCAAACACACGAAGAAACUAACUAUCGUACAAGCCAGAUGUUGGAUAGUGGUAUGUUUUGUGAAAAGUAUGUUGAUCAAGAAGAUAAAAUGCCGUCCAGAAGGCACAAGCUAUUGCGGAUUGAAACCUAUGUUGAAGAAGUACUUCAGGAAGUGUGGAGUGAAGUGUUUUUGUGUUUGUCGCAAAUUGAACAUUCAGUGAAAGAUCCAUCUCAAUUAAAAAUGAAAGAUUUGCCUCAUUGCAUUAAUAUGCAACAUAACAGUGGUUUAAAACUUGAUAAUGUUUGUAGAAUGAGAGGUGAGUCAGUUGGCAAUUAUGAGUUCAUAAAUGAUUUUAACUGUCAGACCCUAAUUUCCUUCAAUGAGACAGAAAACAAUUGCCACAUUGUAGAAACGGUUAAUAAUAAUCCACAGGGAACAAAUAAGCAACAAUCGGUCAGUAGAUCGUUGAAAUCUGUUGGCUGUGUAAAUCCUACAUUUUUGGGUUCCAGUACUAAUCCUGACCUUUUAGAACAUCGCGUGGUUUGCCAUUCUCCAACCGAGGACUGCGAUACUUCUUCUCAGAGAAAACGCGUGCCAGGUUUCGAUGGACAGGAUACAAAGUAUUUUGAUGACUUUGAUUCCGGUUUAAAUAUGGUCCCACCGGAGUCUCUUAAUCACCGUACGAAUGAUGUCGGUUAUCUGAAGACUGACGAACGUUUCAGCGCAGGUCAGCCUGCGUGCGCUAUGGAAAAUACUCAGACAGAAUGUUUUACUGCCAGUCCAGAUGGGAUUCGGCUGACCGAAGAACAAGCCCGUGUUCCUGCAGGUUCACAUUUUAAUGAUAAAAUAAUUGAAACCAAAGAAAUUGCACAAACGGACAAUCAAAGUACUUCUACCUCAGUAGAUGCACACAAAAGUGAAGAAAGUGGUUUUGCGGACGUGCGAAAGUCUCAAAAGUCAAGUACGCAGCAGAGGAAAAGCAGGCAAUGUUAUCAUACGAGGAAUCUCAGAAGAGUGAAACCAUUGCUUUAUUUUCUGCACGGAGUCGGGUGCUCGGCAGACCUGUGGUCUGCGUUGCUGCGGCACUUCACAGCCGCUGGAUAUGAGGUAUUGGCACCAGACAUGCUGGGUCAUGGUUACAGCGCUGCUCCUGAUAAUGCAUCUGCGUAUAGAUUCCAUCGUCUUCUGAAGGAUUCCAUCGAUAUAUUCGAUAGAUUUGUAGAAGAGAAUCGCAAGUGUGUCGUCAUAGGACAUGCGUAUGGGUGCAGUCUUGCUGCCGCCAUUGCUCGUUACAGACCGCAACAAGUGAGCCAUGUGGUGCUGAUCAGCGGAGGUGGACCAGCACCCCUCGCACCCCGAACAGCCGAUAGUCUUCCUCCUUCUGUGUCCCCAUGCCUCCUGGCAUGCAUGAAGCCUCUUCUGAUGUGCGGUUUUAGAAGGAAUAUCCUGUAUGCUCCCUGUGGUAAACACAUCGAGUCAUGUCCUUCGAUGAGCAGAGGCAUGCCGCACUAUGUUCUGCAUCAUGUGGCCCAAGGCCAAGACUGGCCGGAAGGAGAUGCCACAUUCUAUCGUCGCAUCCUCGCUCCAACGCUGCUCGUUCACGGUCUUCAGGAUCCAUAUGUUACUUUGGUGCAGGAAUGUGAGAUGGAAAGGACGAUUCCACGUUCAUUCCUGGAAUUGAUACCAGAUGCUGGGCAUUUAUCAAUGGUGGAAGCCCCUGUUCAUCUCAGUCACAUGAUUCAUUGCUUUAUUGAUUGGUGGAGUCGCUGAUGUCUUACGUAAAUCACUCGAAAAUGCCUCGAAGCAGACUGGUACGCAGUUUUUAUUACAGAGAUACCGAAGAAUUUUCAUGAACUUCUAGAUCUCGUCGUUGGACGACGCGGAACAGGAAAUGCACAUCUUCCAUUUUAUAUGAUGCGUCAACAUUUGGGAAUCAUCAGGUCACGUAAAAAAAAUAGUCAGUAGCAUAUUGAAUAUCACAUGUUUGUACAAAAUAUAUUUACUGUACAAACGGACAUAAAUGACAGAGCAUUUACGAGCAAGAUGGCGUAACAGGUAGAGUUAUCGACUGAGAUGCAGACUGUCCAUUUGCUAUACAAGAUGCAGCAUAAAUUACGGUCACAUUUUAUAGUUUAUUAAGUACAGGUGAAGACUCUCAAAAGACGGGAAUUUUUUUAUUUGUAACCUGAUACAGUCACAUUUCUUAAAAGCAAUAUCUAUUAGGUGACCUUGGGCUUUAUCCCAGCUGAUUUGCAACGCAGUCGAAACAAAUUCUCCUCUCCUCCCUCUACUUUUGAAACUUGGUAGAAAUGUUACUGUCUGUCCUGCAAACAUUCUCUCCUUUACUACACUGUAAAUAUACAAAAAAUUGUAUAAUGCGAUGCUUUCAUGGCAGCUGUCGUAAGUAACCCUGAGGAUGAGGACAGAGAUGGGCCUCCAAAUGUUGGCAAUUUUUAAUCAUCUGACAUGGCUGAUGGUCCUAGAAGAUUGUAUUAAUAGAAACAAUUGUGAACAAACUCUUUCUUGAUAGUUGUGACUUGAUAUAAUUUACUUUGUGGCGUACUAAUUUCAUGAUUGUCAUUGUACUCCUGACCUUCCAUCACAAUAAAAGGAUGGAUAUGAUGCCCACUAGCAGA